UCUUAAUUUCUUCAUUGUCAACCUGCAAAAUUAUCAAACCUCGGACGAUCUGAUUCUCCCCGGUUUCCCAUCCAGUUUCUGCAGAAUUCACUGUCAUGGGGCAGGAGACCAGAAGACUCUGCGAUGAAUAUGAAGUUUCAGACAUUCUAGGAAGGGGAGGAUUCUCAGUUGUGAGAAGAGGGAUAAGAAAAAUGAGUUCAGGAAACACCCAAGUAGCCAUCAAGACCUUGAGAAGGUUAGGACCAUCCAUUCCAUCCGGGACUCCAGGGAAUCGCGGAGGAGGAAAGGGUAUGGCUUCCAUGGGAUUUUCAAUGUGGAAACAGGUUUCUGUUUCUGAUGCCCUGCUGACGAACGAAAUUCUUGUCAUGAGGAAAAUAGUCGAAGAUGUAUCGCCUCACCCCAAUGUGAUCCAUCUGUACGACGUGUGUGAGGAUCCGAGUGGAGUUCACCUCAUACUCGAGCUCUGCUCUGGAGGGGAGCUGUUUGACCGGAUUGUAUCUAUUGAGAGGUACUCAGAGGCCGGAGCUUCAGCUGUGGUUAGGCAAAUCGCGAGUGGGUUGUGGGCUCUUCACCGAGCUAAUAUUGUUCACAGGGACUUGAAGCCGGAAAACUGCCUGUUUCUGGAUGUCAGCGAGAAUUCUCCGUUGAAGAUCAUGGACUUUGGUCUGAGUUCUGUGGAGGACUUCACCGAUUCAGUUGUGGGACUGUUUGGUUCCAUCGAUUAUGUAUCCCCGGAGGCUCUUUCUCAGGGAAAAGUGUCUCCUAAAAGUGACAUGUGGUCUCUGGGUGUGAUCUUGUAUAUCCUCCUAUCUGGGUAUCCACCUUUCAUUGCUCAGUCAAAUAGGCAGAAGCAACAGAUGAUAAUCGCUGGAGAGUUUAGCUUUCAUGAGAAGACUUGGAAGAACAUUUCUUCUUCAGCAAAGCAACUGAUUUCAAGUCUCCUGACAGUUGACCCUCACAGGAGACCUAGUGCUCAAGAUGUUCUUAAUCAUCCAUGGGUCAUAGGAGACUCAGCCAAAGAAGAACAAAUGGAUCCAGAAAUUGUUCGACGACUCCAGGGUUUCAAUGCACGGCGUAAGCUACGUGCUGCUGCAAUAGCAAGCGUAGUGAGUAGCACCUUUUUCUUGAGAACAAAGAAACUAAGAACCUUAGUAGGAUCCUACGACCUUAAGCCAGAGGAACUCAAGGAUCUCAACAUACAUUUCAAGAAAAUAUGUGUGAAAGGCGACAAUGCCACUCAAACUGAAUUUGAAGAGGUGCUGAAAGCAAUGAACAUGUCAUCUCUAGUCCCCCUAGCACCUCGCAUCUUCGAUCUGUUUGACGACAACCGUGAUGGGACAGUCGACAUGAGAGAGAUACUCUGCGGGUUCUCCACCCUCAAGAAUUCGCAAGGAGAUGAUGCCCUCCGUCUCUGCUUCCAGAUGUAUGACACAGACAGGUCAGGAUGCAUCAGCAAGGAAGAAGUAGCAUCCAUGCUUAGAGCCUUGCCCGAGGACUGCCUUCCGGUAGAUAUCACAGAACCAGGAAAAUUAGAUGAGAUAUUUGAUCUAAUGGAUGCCAACAGUGAUGGGAAAGUAACAUUCGAUGAGUUCAAAGCUGCCAUGCAGAGAGACAGCUCUCUGAAAGAUGUAGUCCUCUCAUCUCUUCGCCCAAUUUAGUUCUUUUGCAAUUCCGU